AUGUUCAUCAAUUACUAUGCAGCACCAUAUAAGACAUCGAAGCAUGUCCACCCCUUCAAGAAUCAGAUCGAUUUUAACAACUGUCGGGCCAUCUUACUCGAGGGUGGUGAGGAUUCCCAGAUCAACCUCAUCACAGUCCAGGGUUUUUGCAAUGUCAUCGCUAGAGCGGUUGAAUACGAAGGCGUAUGGCCUAUCGUUGGGGACAUCAAAGGCGACGAAUUAAAAGUGGGGCAACUGAUUGCAAUCGGGGGGAAAGUUCGCGGUGGCCCCUUUGCAGUCGUGAAGAUGAAAGCCGAAGACCUCAAGGCCGGAGUGGUGAAGAGCACUUGGCUGCCUAAAGUUGAUCAUCCUGCCAUUCCCGUUCAAGCAGGUGGAUUCACUAGCCGCGAGUUUCGCGUCUGGCGUCCUCUUAGGUAUGUCUACUGA